GAUCGUGGCUGGGUAGCCUAGCCGCUUUCCUCAUACGUUUCAUGUCCGUUUCGCCAUUUCCUCGUGGCGUUGAAGCCUUCCGUCGUGUAAAAGCUAUCUCGGCCAUGUUUGUUGCGAUGUGUAUUUCCAAAACGAUGCUUCGCGCUUUCAAUGGCGAUUAUACGGGCUCGCCUAGAGUCAGGCUGCAGGACUCCCGCGUUUUAUCCUUAUACACGUGCCACUCAUACUUUCCGAGUCGAAGGAUGUAUCGUUUCUGCAUACUUCGAAGAUUCAGUGAGACAGACUGCACAGCGCUUAAAACGAUUUCGUUUAGGCUCAACUUGUCUCAACUUGUUUCAACUUUUGCCUUCGCUACAACCUACAUGCUAGAAGUUAUCGGUUACUUGCUAUACCUAUUCACAAAGAGAAGUCCACAAUUUCUCGUAGCUUGAAGCUGCUUCACGUGGAUGGCCGCAGCCAAUUCAUCUUAAGAGAAAGUCAACGACAUGAAUCUAGAAGAAGUCAUGGAGCAGUUAGGAGAAGGCCAGGCAGUCAUGGUUGGAGGGGCUGGAGGAACUGUCCAAGUUGUACAGAUGGGACAAAGUGGACAAGCGAUGAUGCUUCCGCAGACUAUCCAGGUUGCAGCUCCCAAUGGACAAAUUCAAGUUGUUCCAGUAUCUAGCCUUGCGGGAGCAGGUCAGCAAAUAGUCAUUCAGCAACCUCAAACACCCCAAAUAAUACAAACUCCGGAUGGACAAACAUAUAUCUAUCAACCUGUUCAGCUUGAAGGACAAGUUCAGCAGGCCCAACCAACAGUGAUAAAUAUUAAUGGAAACCUCAUGCAAAUUGCUGGAACAACAUCGCAGACAACAAGUUCAGCAGCAACAACAACACCAGUGCAACCACUGUCCAGUCCCACCACAACAGCAUCUCAGGCAGGAAACAUUGUCAUGAUGGUACCGGGAAAUAGUGGACAGGCCCAGUUCCAGAGAGUUGCAUUGCCAAAUGCCGAAUUCCUCGAAGAGGAGCCACUUUACGUGAAUGCAAAACAGUACCGACGCAUCUUAAAACGACGUCAAGCACGAGCCAAGCUCGAGGCCGAAGGAAAAAUUCCAAAAGAAAGACCCAAAUACCUUCACGAAUCUAGACAUCGGCAUGCUAUGAAUAGAAUUCGUGGUGAGGGUGGUCGAUUUCAUUCCGGUCAAGUGAAAAAACGCAAUCGACAGAAUGCAAGUACAAUGAUUGCACAGCAUAUGACCACCACUUCCAACACCAACACCAUUCGCACUAUUGCAAUACCGGCUACGAGUGCAGGAGUACAGCACCAUAACACGGAUAACAUGACGUCUGCCAUCAUGAUAGAGUGAACGCGUGUUGCAGAGCGCAGGUGCAUCUCUGCCAGAUAUGAUCAGCGACGGUGAUAUUGUGGUAUCAGACGCUCGUUAAAGCUAGCAAAUUGUUAAGCACGAUGGAGCGUAUUAAAAAAUUGGGGGCGUUUGACUCAUUAAUAUAAUGAAUCACGUGUCCUAGUCCUCCUAGGAAAUAUUGCCUCCAAGAGGAUCCACUUCAAAAUGGCAGAGGAACCAGAAGCCAUUGAAGAUGUAAAUAACCUUGAAUAUUAUGUAGCGCUUGUGUCUUAUAAGUUCCCUUAGAAUUUGCGAUAAUAUACUUCACUUAUUUUUUCUUACGGUAAUUUACUAACGCGAAUUGGUUACGAUUCAAUCUUGAGAUUCUGCUACGCUUCUCAAAUCAUUCGCACGAUGAGAAUUCAGAUGGCAUUUAUUCGAAUCGAGCGUACAACGUCAUACAAUCAAUCAGCUUCUAAAAACGAGAGACUGAAUGAAACCCUGUUUUACAUCACGUGGUAAGUACUAAGUUAAGAUUAAUGUUAGUAUUGGUGCGAUUGACUUCUGUCGUAAUUUACCGUAUGUAGAGAAUAAACAUUACCUGCGCGCCGCACCUACGAUUUCGAUGCAAGUACAAUUAUAAUAACCUAUAUAGGCAUAGACGCGUGAUAACGAUUAGAUCCGUUGUCUAUAGCAUGCGAUCAUUUAUUAAAAAUAAUUCGCGGAUUCAAAGAGUCUGUCGUCCCUCUCUUUCUUCGUGCGUGUCUUUCAAAGAGACUUUCGUGCCUGAAAACUCUGUAUGUAUAUACUUAUAUGUAUAAAUAUAUGUAUAUGUAGGGGUAUGAUCCAUGUGCGCGCGUGAGAGUUUAUGUAUGCGUAAAUGCAUGUGUUAGAUCCUGUUCGGGUUGAAAAGAUGGAUGUGAAUUGUAGACCAUAUAAUAAGGAUUCCUAUGAAAACCUUCCUCGAAAAUUUAGGAUACCUAUGGUUAUAAUGCAUACUAAAAUUUGUGAAAUCGAUGCUAGAUUCUUUUCAAUUAAUUUUAGCCAACUCGACAAACACUUAAUUAUGUAGCCAUUAAAUCAGUCAGUUCUUAUAAUUUCAUUUCGGAGUAUAAAAUAAUGCUACUAGUAUCUUAGUCGAUCAAUUAAUAGUAUUUUUGAAGCACAUGGCUUGCGACUCACGUCCAUCCCAAUGCAUGUUGUAAAUAAAUGUCAAGAAGAGCUAGACGAUAAUGUUCACCGUACGUUCAAAGUGAUACGCGCGAGGGAAAUUGUAAUAAGCAUCAAAUAUCAUUAGCGUGUAAGAGUGGGAAUGAAUGAGUGAUGUGUGAGUGAACGAAGACGAACGAAAAAUUAACUGUUUUUUGUACCGUUCCACAUGACGACUUAUUAGAUAAUUAAUUAUUCUAAGACUAAGGAAAGUAAUGUUAAAUCUCCCGUACCUUUAUUCUUUUUAGUACCGUCUGCUAUUAUUCUACCCUAUAUACUAUCGGUUUUUUCGUUUUUUUUUCCUUCGAUGCAAUAUCUUUUCUUUUUCUUUAAUAAAGAAUAUGUGUAACGUGAUAAGAUUAGGAGUUUGGCUCUGGACUAAGUACAGAUACAUAUUUCUUUUUUUUUUAAUACGUUUCUAUUAAAAGUUCCAUUUGUGUAAUGAAAGUAAUUUUCAUACAAUACAAUUUGUUAUCAAUCCAAUUAAUAAACUGUUCGUACUACGGAA